ACCAACAACACAUCUCAACACACAAUCUGCUAACCAUGAAAUCCACAAGUGCUUCUGUAUUUCUUCUUUUCGUCCUGUUUGGCCUGGCCAACGCUGCAAACAAUGCCGUGCUGGAUAGAAACGGUGAAGAGGUCGUCACGGGCGUCCCAUACUAUGUAGUGUCGGGAAUAUGGGGCGCUGGUGGUGGAGGGCUUGCCAUAGGCAGGGAGAAAGGUAGACCAUGCCCGGAAAUCGUCGUUCAGAGACAAUCCGAUAUGGACUAUGGUAACCCCGUGAUAUUUUCUAAUGCGGACCACAAUGAUGAUGUUGUCCGUGUGUCCUCCGACGUAAACUUGAAGUUCACUGGACCAAGAGAUAGACUCUGCCAAACAACAACGGUGUGGAAGGUUCAACAUGGCGAAGACUCAACCGGACAAAGGUUUUUGGAACUAGGUGGGGAGGAAGGAAACCCUGGUUGCGACACAGAGAAGAGUUGGUUUAAAAUAGAGGAGACCGGCAUAGAACGUAUGUACAAAUUUAAGUACUGCCCUUCGGUAUGUGGUUCAUCCGACACUGCUCGCAACGAAAUUGAGAAAGCUCAUCCCGACACUGCUUGCAACGAAAUUGAGAAAGCUCAGGGUAAGGAUGGACAAAUACGUUUGGCUCUAUCCGAUGGCGAAGGGUCUGCAUGGCCAUGGAUAUUUAUCAAAGCAAACAAACCACAUAAUAGGAUCCGACCAGUUAUUCCUAUUAAUAAAAAGCCAUCCUUGUGCAUCAACUAAUUACUACUGUAAUAGUAGUAUUAGGCUAUUAGCUUUAAGUGAAUAAAGGGCCACUGCUUAAAUCUGAGAGUGCUUAUCAUUAAAGUUGCCGUGUUAGAGGCAGCAGCAUGCUCGUGCUAACAGGGUUUGCCUCUCAGGGCCCAACUUUGUACUCUUUUACGCUUGUUGAAUAGAACUAUGUAAAUUACU